AUGUCUAAGCUAACGGCCCCCUUCCACAAUAUCUUCUCGCAUCGGAGCACCUCGGUGACACCGUCGGCGGAUGUAACCCCAGUCUCUAGCGAUGAGCAGCAAAAAUAUGGCGGGGUGACGACCAAUGACGUCCCUGAAGCAGAUGCUAUUCUCCACCCGGGAGAGCUGAACUUCGACGAAGCCACUGCUGGUGGUUUAGGGCGUCACCUAGGACUAUGGAGUACGACUUUCCUGAUCAUUGGUAGGAUAAUUGGGACUGGCAUUUUCAGCACACCUGCAAGCAUUACAGGGAGUGUGGGAAGCGUGGGCGCGGCACUGAUGCUUUGGGUCCUUGGUCUGCUCUUGUCCUUUUCCGGCCUGCUUGUAUGGCUCGAAUUUGGAUGCAUGUUUCCUCGGUCUGGAGGUGAGAAGGUAUACCUUGAAGCUGUGUAUCAACGCCCGAAGUUCCUUGCUACUGUGAUCUUCAGUACACAGGCCAUCUUGCUUGGGUUUACAGCUAGCGGAUGCAUAGUCUUUGCUUCAAACAUCUGGGUGGCAGCUGGCCUUGUUGCAUCUCCCUGGCAGCAACGCGGCGUUGCCAUUGGAGUCCUCGUUGUCGUUACUGCCGUUCACACUUUCACGCCAAAGAUAGGCGUGUGGGCUAUGAAUGCCUUGAGCAGUCUGAAAAUUAUCAUCCUGGUAUUCAUCAUUGUGACUGGAUGGGUCGUCCUCUCUGGUCGCAUUGACACGAUUCCUGACCCUAACGCGUCCUUCCGUAACGCAUUCGCUGGUUCCGUGCAUAGCUCCGGACCCUAUGCCACGGCACUUUUCAAGGUUCUGAAUUCUUACGUCGGCUGGAGUAACGCGGCAUACGUCCUCAACGAAGUGCGCCGGCCCGUCCACACCCUGAAAAUUGCCGGUCCAUUGGGCCUCGGUAUCUGCGGUGUCCUCUAUCUCCUCGCAAAUGUUGCUUACUUCGCUGCGGCAACGCCGGAAGAGAUUUCCAAGUCAGGCAUCACGGUCGCGUCGUACUUCGCACUCAAGGUCUUUGGCCACACAGCCCAGCGCGUCAUAUCCGUCUUUGUUGCUCUUAGUGCUCUGGGAAACGUUCUAACGGUCACGUUUGCGCAGAGCCGUGUAAACCAGGAACUUGCCAAAGAAGGUGUCAUACCAUUCCCACGUUUCUGGGCCUCCAACUGGCCAGUUGGUAGUCCCUCGGCAGGAUUACUACUCCAUUUUAUCCCGUCGCUAAUUGUCAUUGUUGCCUUCCCAGCCGGCACAGCGUACAUCUUCAUACUUGAUGUUGAGGGUUACCCAGGCGCCGUCGUCAACUUGUUUGUUGUGGUGGGGCUGUUUAUCCUCAGGUGGAAAGCUCCCAAUCUCCCUCGGCCAUUUAAACCUUGGCUUGUCGUUCCCCUGUUCUUCCUGGCUGGCCAAUGCUUCUUACUAGUGGCACCCUUCCUGCGUCCUCCUGGCGGGAUCGGAGACACUCCUCCAAUCCCAUACUGGGUGUAUCCUCUCGUCGGCAUCGCGAUCCUUUUGGGCGGAGUUGUGUACUGGGCUGUAUGGCGUGUUCUCAUCCCUUAUGUGGGCGGAUUUGAAUGGGUUGAGAGAAAAGAAACGCUUGGCGAUGGCACAGUGUACACUAGGUUUGUGAAGGGAGAUAAGUCUCUGUGAUUGAGUCUAUAGGACUUCGGGAUGGUCUGGUUGUUGGACUUAAGUUGAUGUAGGAGAGUCGUGCGGUUG